UGGCCAUGAAGAUGAAAUAGAGUGAUACUUCUUUGGCUAUUCACCGAUAUAUGGCACAGGGACACUUAUGGAUAAAGCCGAUUUAAUAUUGAAUAGCUAACAUCUUCUUGACAUUGAUAACAAUCACAAUGUGGAUUCUAGACACUAUUUACUCCUUUUUUUGGAACUCGCUGCUAGAUUUCGUUUUCUUUAUUAUUAUCGACGCUUUUGCAAAGAUAACUCUGGGAGAUUCCAGGACUCCAGAAGAAAAGAAAACAAUAUGGUUUGGGGAGUCUGUCAUCCUGGCCUUAACAUCUAUCAUCAUCUAUUUCUGCGAUCACACCCCAGUUGUUCUCAUCAGCCUGACUGUGGUAACUUUUGUAUAUACCCAGUCAAGUGGAAUGGUCAGUAUCAGGAAUUGGUACAUUUCACUAAAGACACGAUGGGAAGAGUAUCAGCAGCAUCAAGACAGUGUAGAACGUAUGAAAAUUCAUUUGAACAACCAACAGGCAUACUUUCGCUCGGAGCAGGUACGACAAGAGGCUGCUCUGAGGUCAACGCCUUACAACAGAAAUGCACCUCCUUUUCAAAUGCAGCAACAGCGACAUGGAAUGUAUCCUGUUAAGCCUAUUCAACAAAAUCGAAUGGGCUUCCCUACCAAUACGCAAGCAAAUCUUGGACAUCAGCAGAAUUUCAACCCCCAAAACAAUGCAAUGCCACAAACACAAAGUCCAAGUUUUUGGUCCAGAUUGCCAAGAAUGAGACUGCCUAAUGCAUUCAAACGUUCUAAUGUUUCUUCAACUGCCAACACAAGUUCAAAUGAUGACCAUUAUCAGCUGAGGAAAGAAGAGUACAGUUUUUCUACUGAAGUUCAAUCAAAUUUAAGAUCUAAUAAGCAAACUCCAACAGGAAAAACUGACUAUUCCCCUCCGAUAAAGCCAUCUUGGUUUGGUGAGAAUUUGGGGCGCAGACCUCUACGGCGUGGCAUCUCUGGGUAUCCAGAAAGUUACAACUCAGAGAGUACUUCUCUUAAAAAUAGAUUCAUCUCAGCAUUUGGAUUUUCAUCCACACCUGAAAAGCCUCCUGGGUUGAGGAAUGAGGGACAAAAUUUAUGUUUUAUGAACAGUAUUAUACAGUGUUUAGCAAGGACGCCCAACUUGACUCAGUCCUUGAGUAUAGAAUCUUCCAAAGAAUCUGAAUGCACAAUGGAAGAGUCCUUGCUAUUGACUUCCAUUGUAGAAAUUAUUGAAAACUGUAAAGUUAAAGGGAGUGCCAAAGUGUUAGAUCCUAUUGCAUUCCGCCAGGCAGCAUCCAGUCUCCCUAACAGUGUGGUGGCACUGCCUACACAGAGACAGGCACAGCAAGAUGCAGCAGAGUUCUAUAUGUGGUUCAUGGAUACACUUCAUUGUCUUCUUAACAAGAACAGGAAGAGUAACUCAAAAGGAGAAAAAAAUUCCAAAACAAAUGAAAGAUUAAAGACCCUGAAAUUUAUCUAUGGAGACCUCAAUCCAGCUAAACUACAAGACCUAAAGUCUGCCUGUAAACAAGAGAUUGAUCAAGCUCAUGGUUUACAAAACAACUCCUAUGCAGAACCAGUACAACGUCUUUCAGACUUGGAGUGGUUAACUUAUAAAGCUGAGAACAACUCCGUCAUAGAUAACUCCUUCACCGGUCAGCUAGUCAUUGGCUAUCAUUGCCUUACUGACAACCGUAUCACAGUCAACAUGCAGACAUUCAAUAUACUCCCUGUGCCUAUUGUCUCUCCAAGAGAAGUCUCUGGACUAGUCAUGCUGGCUGACUGUUUUACCACAUUUUGUAAUGUAGAACAUCUGACUGGACAGGAUGCUUUAGAUCACAGCUCAUGGUGUCCUGCCGCUGAGAAAUGUACUACUCCAGUUAGGGGUCCUUUUACGCCGUCAGCCACGAAGGUGAAUGGGAGGAAGAGAGGUUUCUCCAGCCUAGACUCUGCGGUAGGUAGUCUUGGAUCACCAUUGACUGGUAAUCCAAUGUCACCUAUUCCAAACAAUGGGGAGUUUGUCAAUGAUAGUGGCUUUCAGGAUACAGUGUUCAAAACCUCCACCCCUAUAGCUGAUGGCCAGAUUAGCUUUGUUCCUCAGCAUCAAAGGUUAAAGGAUGCACAGAGAAGAUGUCUUCUUCGUCAGUUACCAGAAUGUCUUGUCAUUCAGCUAAUGAGGUUUAACUAUAAUCCAUUCUCAAGACAAUCUAGCAAGGUUCUGGCUCCAGUAUCUAUUCCCCUGCGGGAUCUGGACCUAACACAGAUCAUGUUUGACACAGUAACAAACAGGGAGGACCUGUCAGCACCAGAGCAUAGUCACAAAUAUGAUCUGUAUGGAGUUUGUGUCCAUCUCGGUGCAGACACGACCAACUAUGGCCACUAUAUUAGUUAUUGUCUUCAAUCAGAAAAUAACACCUGGUACAAGUUCGAUGAUGAAGAUGUCACUGAAGUCAACAUGGAGUAUGAAUUGACAAUGCGUGAACUAAGAGAAAAUGCAUACAUACUCUUCUACAAAAAAGCAGCAACAAGCCCGUCUCAGUCCUGAAUAGUCAUUAGUAGUUGUCAUUUGUGAAACUUUUAUCAUGAAGUGCAUCGUUUAUAUUUCUCGGAUCUCAUUUUUAAAACAAGUAUUAAAUGUAGAGACAAAAAUACAGUCUUACUAUGACAAAUAUAUAUGUUCCCUGCUGAAGCAAAUGGUUUGGUAUGUGAAUAUUGAUAUUCAUUGAUAAUAUGUAAUUAAUGUCCCAAAAAAUGCAAUUCUUUUAAAAUUUGAAAAUUUCAUUUGUGCAUGCUUAAAAGAUAUUUAGAUAAAUCAGAACACCAUUUGAACUUUCAUAUUUCAGUAAGUUUAACUGUUUUGUGGUACAUAUAAUUUUUCAUACGGUUCUGUUGUUUGUUUAUGAUUAAUGAACUGUGAAAAAUAUGUAGAACUUACAUUUUAGGAGUAACAGCUUAGAAAACAUGUACAUAUGAUGUAGAUAGCUUUAUAAAGAUUCAUGUAUAUAAAUUUGUUUAAAUGGCAUCAUUUUAAUUUUAGUCUUAAUAUUUUUUUAUUUAUAUGUACAACUCUUUUGUAUGAUUUAUGAUAAUGAUGUGAAGUACCUGGAUAUACUUGUAUGUUUACAUGCAUAUUUAUUGAAGUAGCAGUUCAUGCAUGUGAUGGUUGCCACCUUCACUAAUUAAACCAUUUUUAUAGUUUGAAAUGCUGAUUAACUGAUAUGUUCAUGGUUUUCUUCUUUUGGAACAUCUUUUUGUAUUGACCAACAGUGCAAUUAUAAAAAGAUAAUUGAAAUGCAUAAUUUUUUGUUGUAAAUGUAUACAAAGAUUGUGAGAGAACAUGUACAUUUGCACAGAAAGAAAACCAGUUCUUGCUAAUGAAGUUGUUUGCAUUGGUCAAUCUACAAUUAAUUAUCAUGAGCCCUUUUAAACUUUAUUGCAAAAAACAAUGCAUCCUACAAUGUAAAAUUGAAUUAUUUCCAGAAGUGAGUGGCUUCAUAAUGCUAUUAAUACAGAACCCCGAGACUAGUGUGUAGGUUAUAAUUGUUUUAUAUUGCAGUUGGAAUAUGAUAUCCUGCAGUAAGCCUAGUUUGUAACAUACAGAUCAGGACUUAAAGCUAGAGACUAGGCUUAUUUCAGAGAAUGAAAGAACAUUUGUCUGUAAGAAAUGGAACUUGAAGAAAUAGUGUUAAUUCUGUGUUAACUGCUGUUACAAAACUUUAACAAAAGUUCAUUUUUAUAUUUUCUGAUGUGAUUUUCAACUUCUCCAGUUUGGGGGUUUAACCAAUUGGAACAACCUUUCAAAUUUCAGAAUAUUGGGCUAUGCAAAAUAAUGUUGUUUUUUAUGAAAGAUAUUUAGAAUAUUGUCGUAAAUAUUUGCAAGAUAUACAGAAGUUGUUGUUUGCCCACCUAUGAAGUCUACAGCACCACUCUGGGUUAUCAAUAGGGAGAUGGUGAUACUUUUUAUAAAAAUGAUGAAAAGUGGUCAAUAUCCACAUUUUGAGCUUUAGUAAGACCUAAUAUGGUAAAUAUAUCCUUUCAUGGCCAAAUGAAAGAUAUUUGUCUACAAAUAUUUUACCAGUAUUAAAGAUUAAUUCUUGACCAAAGUCGAUUGAUCAUGAACAGCAGCCAUGUUCCAUACCAAAUUAUCAGAGACAUAACAUUUUUUCCUCAAAGUUUGAUCAUCAAAUAGAGAUUAAUGAAUUAAUUCUGAGGUGUCUUUUCUAAUUCUUAAUUGUAACAAAAAUGUUUUAGAUGUUUAAUGAUUAAUCUUUGGUCAUGAAUGAAUAUGUAUUAGUGCAGCUAUUUCAGUUUGAUAUUCAAUGUAUGGCCUUGUUUGAUUAAAAAAAAAAGUGCUGUAACAGUCCCAUUGAGGUAUGUCAUGAUUUGUAUAUACAUGUAAAUUAAAUAAAGUAUUUAAGUACUUUCAGAAAAAGAA